GAGAGGCUCUGGGAGGGAUUCCUCAGCCCUGGGGGUGAGAAAGGAGCAGGAAAUGCUGGUGGUCCUGCCCUGCACGUGGGAUUGUUUUCUUCCUCCAUCAGACCCGUGUGAGAGCUAUGUUCUCAAACAACGAUGAAGCUGCAAUCAACAAAAAACUGCCCAAAGAGCUGCUGCUUCGAAUUUUCUCUUUCCUGGAUGUGGUCACUCUGUGUCGUUGUGCUCAAGUUUCCAGGGCAUGGAAUGUUCUGGCCCUGGAUGGCAGUAACUGGCAGCGAAUUGACCUGUUUGAUUUCCAGAGGGAUAUUGAGGGCCGAGUGGUGGAGAACAUCUCCAAGAGAUGUGGGGGAUUCCUGAGGAAGCUGAGCCUGCGGGGCUGCCAGGGAGUGGGGGACAACGCCUUAAGGACCUUUGCCCAGAACUGCAGGAACAUCGAAGUGUUGAACCUCAAUGGUUGUACCAAGAUCACGGACGCCACCUGCACCAGCCUCAGCAAGUUCUGCUCCAAACUCAGGCACCUGGAUUUGGCUUCUUGCACCUCCAUCACCAACCUGUCCCUGAAAGCACUCAGCGAGGGAUGCCCGCUGCUGGAACAGCUCAUCAUCUCCUGGUGUGACCAAGUGACCAAGGACGGGAUCCAGGCGCUGGUGCGGGGCUGCGGGGGGCUCCGGGCCCUGUCCCUCAAGGGCUGCACCCAGCUGGAGGACGAGGCCCUCAAGUUCAUUGGUGCCCACUGUCCUGAGCUGGUGACCCUGAACCUGCAGACCUGCCUGCAAAUCACAGAUGAUGGGCUCAUCACCAUCUGCAGGGGCUGCCACAAGCUGCAGUCCCUGUGUGCUUCUGGCUGCUCCAACAUCACCGACGCCAUCCUCAACGCCCUGGGACAGAACUGCCCGCGCCUCCGAAUAUUGGAGGUGGCGAGGUGUUCCCAGCUGACCGACGUGGGCUUCACCACCCUGGCCAGGAAUUGCCAUGAGCUUGAAAAAAUGGAUCUGGAAGAGUGUGUCCAGAUUACAGACAGCACACUAAUCCAGCUUUCCAUACACUGUCCACGGCUGCAGGUCCUGAGUUUAUCCCACUGCGAGCUGAUCACGGACGACGGGAUCCGUCACCUGGGCAACGGCGCCUGCGCCCACGACCGGCUGGAGGUGAUCGAGCUGGACAACUGCCCCCUGAUCACCGACGCCUCCCUGGAGCACCUCAAGAGCUGCCACAGCCUCGAGAGGAUAGAACUGUACGACUGCCAGCAGAUCACGCGGGCCGGGAUCAAGAGACUCAGGACCCACCUGCCCAACAUCAAAGUCCACGCCUACUUCGCCCCGGUGACCCCCCCGCCCUCGGUGGGCGGCAGCCGACAGCGCUUCUGCAGAUGCUGCAUCAUCCUAUGACACUGGAGCCUCCUCCCGGCCAGCUGGGGCUGGAACCACGCCUGGGAAUUCCCCAGAUCUCCAGAACCUUGGAGGAAAAGCGCCCCCAGUGUCAUUUGCCAGGGCCAGUGAGCAGGGCUGGGCUGCCCCGCGGCCCCCCACACACCCCCUGUGAUCCCGGCGGGAUGAGGGACUGGGGAUGGAGCUGCAGCUGGGCCUGGCUUGGCCUGAUCCUGACCCAUUCCUGCUGGGAAUCCCUGGGAAUAGCCCUGGCAAGGAGGGGAGGGCUCCCAGCCUGCAGGGACUGAUGCUGCUGGUGAGGUUGGAAAAGGAACUGUGAGAUCCUUGAAGUGGGGAGAGGGGAGAGGAGAGGAACACGUGCAGAGGGAAAAACCCCAACAAAACCUGGAAACCCCAACAAACCUGAGAACCCCAACAAAACCUGGAAACCCCAACAAACCUGAAAGCUCAAACAAAACCUGAAAAUCCCAACAAACCUGAAAACCCCAACAAAACCUGGAAACCACAACAAACCUGAAAGUCCCAACAAAACCUGAGAACCCCAACAAGUUCCAUGUCUGUUUGUCAGUGAGGAAAUGAAACAGCAGCUGCUGAGCCAGGAUUUCCCUCUGGGAUCCAGAAUUUCCCUGGGAUCCAGGAUUUCCCUCUGGGAUCCAGAAUUUCCCCUGGGAUCCAGGAUUUCCCUCUGGGAUCCAGGAUUUCCCUGGGAUCCAGGUUUCCCCUGUGCUCCCUGCUCCCACCUGAGCACGCUCACAUGAGGGCUCAUCUUCCCUUUGUCAGAUUCUUCCCAGAUUGUUGUGACAGAGCUUGGAAUUUCUAAUUCCACAUAUUUUACCCUCCCCAAAU